AUGAAGGACAAAUUUGGAGCAAAUUUUGCUGGACACACAUUGAUGUCAGCUUUCUGGAUAUUAAUAGUUCUCAGAAAACUUAUGGAAUUGGAGAUUGUACCUAAUAAAAAUUUAGAGCACAGGCCUAACGUAUGGGCAUAUACACAGGAAUGGGCACUAAUUUAUCAAUUUAUGAAUUAUAAUUUACAGCUAAUUUCAAAAGUUGCGGAACAUGGUUUAUUGGCACUGUCGGAUUGUUCGGAAAUGUCAGCAAUGUCAAAUGAUUAG